GAAUAUCUAUUCCAAAAUCAUCCAAACACACCCAUCUCCUCUCAUCCAUUCUCAAAUCCCAAUCUAAAAACAUCCAAACAUGCCCAACUCCCCUCUCCCAGAUUUCUCCAACUCAGUCAAGCUCAAGUACGUGAAGCAAGGCUACCAAUACCUUGUAAACAAUUUCCUCACCUUUCUCUUCGUACCCAUCAUGGCUGGAAUCCUAAUUGAGAUCCUCCGAAAGGGUCCUGAAGAAAUCGCCCAGCUCUGGCGUUCCCUCGAAUUCAAUCUCAUCCAAGUCCUUUGCUCCACGUUCCUAAUCAUCUUCAUCGCAACCGUUUAUUUCAUGUCCAAACCCCGUCCUAUCUACUUAAUCGAUUACGCUUGUUACAAACCACCGGCUACUUGUCGGGUCCCAUUCUCGACAUUCAUGGAACACUCCAGAUUAGCCAAUCAAUUCGAUCCGAAGAGCGUCGAUUUCCAAAUGCGUAUCUUAGAACGGUCUGGCCUUGGAGAAGAGACCUGCCUCCCACCUGCCAGCCACUACAUCCCUCCCAACCCUACCAUGGAAGCCUCUCGAGCUGAAGCCCGUCUCGUGAUAUUCUCCGCCAUCGAUGCUCUCCUCCAAAAGACAGGAAUCAAACCCAAGGACAUCGAUAUACUCAUCGUCAAUUGCAGUCUCUUCUCACCAACGCCGUCUCUGUCAGCGAUGGUGGUGAACAAAUACAAGAUGCGGAGUAACAUACGCAGCUUCAAUCUGUCUGGUAUGGGGUGUAGUGCUGGUGUUAUAUCCAUUGAUCUUGCUCGGGACUUACUUCAGGUGCACCCCAAUUCAAAUGCAUUGGUUAUCAGCACUGAAACCAUCACACCCAACUGGUACGCUGGGAAUCAACGGUCCAUGUUGCUCCCCAAUUGCUUAUUUAGGAUGGGUGGUGCGGCGAUCCUCUUAUCGAACAGACGUCGUGAUAGCCGGCGGGCUAAGUACAGAUUAGUCCAUGUGGUUCGUACCCAUAAGGGUGCGGAUGAUAAGGCCUACAGAUGUGUCUAUGAAGAAGAGGACACAGAAGGAAAGGUGGGGAUCUCAUUAUCGAAAGAUCUGAUGGCAAUUGCUGGAGAUGCACUCAAAUCCAACAUCACCACCAUGGGACCGUUAGUCCUUCCGGCAUCAGAGCAGCUUCUCUUUCUAUUCACGCUGAUUGGGCGCAAGAUCGUCAAUCCCAAAUGGAAGCCCUACAUCCCUGACUUCAAGCAAGCAUUCGAGCACUUCUGUAUCCAUGCAGGUGGACGGGCUGUGAUUGACGAGCUGGAGAAGAACCUCCAGCUUGCACGGCAGCACGUCGAGGCGUCGAGGAUGACGUUGCACCGGUUCGGGAACACAUCAUCAUCAUCUCUGUGGUAUGAAUUGAACUACAUCGAAUCGAAGGGCCGGAUGAAGAGGGGGGAUCGUGUUUGGCAGAUUGCAUUCGGGAGCGGGUUCAAGUGCAACAGUGCAGUAUGGAAAUGCAACCGUACGAUCAGGACCCCAACAGAUGGGCCAUGGUCCGAUUGCAUCCACAGGUACCCAGUAGAAAUUCCUGAUGUGGUCAAGCUCUAAGCUCUAGCUUCUUCAAUGACCCACCAUCAAUUUAUUGUCGCCCAUCUUCUCUUCCUAUUGCAUUCUUGACUGUUUCUUUCAUAAAAUCGACACUACCACCUUCCUUAGUACAUUACAAUUGUAUUCUCUGUAAAGAGAGAGAGAGAGAGAGAGAGAGAGAGAGUAAUAUCCAUGGGAUCAGGUGGGUUCCUUCAUCUAAGAGUGUCGAGUACGUACAUAUUUUUCUGGUAUGUUUGUGUAUCAACGUAAGAAAGAUGUAUUACUAUUAUUUUUCUUCU